AUGUACCGACAAGUACGAGUGCAUCCCGACGACACUGGUUAUCAACGCAUUUUCUGGAGAGAAAACCCGAAACACCCCUUGCAGGUUCUAGAGUUGACAACCGUCACCUAUGGGACCGCAUCAGCUCCGUUUCAAGCAACCAGGUGCUUGAUACAACUCGCCGACGACGAGGGAGACAAGUUUCCCAAAGCUGCUAACAUCUUAAGACAUGAUUGCUAUGUUGACGAUAUCAUGUCUGGUUCCGACAACAUCGACGAGGUGAUUGAAAUCCAACGACAACUGAAGGCCAUUCUGCUGAAGGGUGGUUUUCCUGUUCACAAAUGGUGCUCCAACUCAACCCAAUUGCUCGAACACAUCCCGGUGAAUGAGCAAGAAACCACCAAACGUUACGACGAAUUCGACAUCAACGAAGCGAUUAAGGUCCUAGGCGUACUGUGGGUGCCUAGUACUGAUCAACUUUUAAUUGCCCGAUGCACUCCCCCGACAGUGAACGAAAAGCAGCCCACCACGAAACGAAUUGUGUGUUCCGAAAUCGCCAAAUUGUUCGAUCCAUUGGGAUUGAUAUCGCCAACCAUCGUCAUCGCCAAACUCCUGGUUCAACAACUUUGGCGAAAGAAGUUGGAUUGGGACGAUCAUCUCGACAACGACAGCCUCAAGCAUUGGAACGACCUCCGAGAGUCACUUUCUCACCUCAACGAAAUUUCAAUCCCCCGCCAAGUGACAUUCAACGACGCUGUGGCUUACGAGCUGCAUGGUUUCGCCGACGCUUCUAUGGUAGCAUAUGGUGCAUGUAUCUACAUACGAAGCAUUUUCCCCGAUGGCUCCUGUAAGGUUCGCUUGCUUAGUAGCAAAUCAAAAGUCGCCCCCCUCCACGAAUUGUCAAUCCCAAGGAAAGAAUUGUGUGCUGCAGUACUUCUAGGCAAAUUGGUGACAAAAAUUGUUUCCUUUAUUGACAUCAAUUUUCGCAAAGUUCUACUUUGGUCCGACAGUCAAAUCGUUUUGGCUUGGAUCAAAAAACAUCCCGACCGACUUGAGAUUUUUGUGCGCAAUCGAAUUGCUGAAAUCAAUCUCCACACCCAACAAGAACAGUGGCAUUACGUUCCAUCGCCGUUCAACCCAGCCGAUAUUGUGUCGAGAGGCCAACUGCCGUUCCCGCUGAGUCAAAAUACGACGUGGUGGGAGGGCCCACAAUUUCUGACCGAAGCAACUUUCAUCGAAGAGCGCCCAGAAGACAUCCCCGAUGAUGAAUUGCCGGAGUUAAAAGUCAACUUGGUGACUACUCUGGCAACCAAUCAAAAGCCGUUGGACGUUUUCACCGAUGUGAGCUGUUUCCGAAAGCUGCAACGAAUUAUCGCCUGGGUGUUGAGGUAUCUUAACAACCGCCGCAAGCCAAAAGAGGAACGUGUGUUGCAUCCGCAUUUGACUAUCGACGAGCUUCGAAAUUCCAUGUUGGUCAUCGUUCGUGUCAUUCAACGUUUGGAAUUUGACGACGAAAUCAAACGAGUCCAAAAAGGUGUCCCAUGCAAACGAUUAGCAGCUCUCAAUCCCAUCUUAUCCGACGGUCUUCUUCGAGUUGGUGGUCGACUGAGACAUUCCAACUUGCCCGACGAAUCAAAGCAUCAGCUCAUCCUACCAAACAACAAUCCGGUCACAAAGCUACUGGUCCGAGCUUUGCAUCUUGAGCUUCUCCAUGUGGAUCCGAGUGGGUUCAUCUCAGCGCUUCGACAACGAUUUUGGUUACUCAACGCCCGUUCCACCGUUCGCAAUGUAACACGGCAAUGCAUCAAGUGUUUCCGUGUGAAUCCAACCAACGUCCAGCAACUGAUGGGUGAAUUGCCAAAGCAGCGUGUGGUGUUUUCCUCGCCAUUUAACAUCACCGGUGUCGAUUAUGCUGGUCCAAUCCAAGUGAAGCAAGGUAAAUAUCGUCCGAAGGUGGUCAAGGCUUACGUCUCGGUGUUCGUGUGCAUGGCCACAAAAGCAAUACAUCUGGAAUUGGUGUCAGAUUUGACGACCGAUGCAUUCAUCGCUGCCCUAGAGAGGUUCAUCAGCCGCCGAGGAAUGGUUGCCGAAUUGCAUUCCGAUAAUGCAACCAACUUCAAAGGUGCCAGCAACGAACUCCAUCAAUUGUACCAGCAGUUCCAGGAGCAGCAACAAGCCAACAGAAUCGAGAGGUAUUGCCAGUCGAAAGAAAUCGCUUGGCAUUUCAUCCCGCCAAAUGCUCCCGAGUUUGGUGGCCUUUGGGAGGCCGCUGUAAAGAGCACCAAAUAUCAUCUCAAGCGAAUCAUCGGUACCACUUUGCUGUCCUUCGAAGAAAUGGCCACUCUGUUGUGUAAGAUCGAAGCCAUCCUCAACUCCAGACCCGUUUCCAUUCCAUUCCGUCGUGCUAUCACCAAGAUAUCGCUCCUACCAAUAGAGGACAACAAGUCACCACUCCCGGCCGGAAUAUGUUCCGUUUCUGACAAUCUGCCAGCACGGAAGAAGUCAACAUAA